UUGAUGCAGGUACUUAGUUUCAUGCAUUGUGCGGCGAACUCCAGUCAGUCAAGAGUUUCCAGUUCGAUUACUUAUACAUACGGUUUCCACUUUCCAGUUUGUUUAAUAAUUUUAUACUUAUACGGGUUACUGAUUUUUCCAUUCAGUUCUCGUUAGUCGUCGACAAAAUGCAGAUCUUCGUGAAAACGUUGACCGGGAAAACCAUCACUCUGGAUGUGGAUUCUGCCGAUACCAUUGAAAACGUCAAGGCCAAGAUCCAGGACAAGGAAGGAAUCCCUCCCGAUCAGCAGCGUCUGAUCUUUGCUGGAAAGCAGCUGGAAGAUAAACACACUCUGGGUGACUACAACAUCCAGAAAGAGUCAACCAUCCACUUGGUCCUGCGUCUACGCGGAGGCAUGCUCAUAUACAUCAAGGUUCUUACAGGAAAGACCGUCGCGCUGGACGUGGAACUGUCGGACACGGUGGAAAUCAUGAAAAAGAAAAUCGAAGAUGUGCUGUAUAUGCCUCCCGACCAACAGCGUCUGAUUUUCGAUGGUAAGCAGCUCGAGGACAAUCGUACCUUGUCCCAGUAUAACCUGCAUGCCGGCGCUGUGGUUCAUCUGGUCCUACGUCUGCGCGGUGGCAUGCAGAUCUUCAUCAAGACCCUGGCAGCGGGAAAAUCCAUCAGCUUGAUUGCGGACGCUGAGGACACCAUAGCCAGUGUGAAGCGCAAGGUUCAUGAUCGUGAAGGACUCCCGUAUGAAACACUGCGCCUGAUCUUCAACGGGAAGGAGCUGGUCGGUGACCGGACGCUGCAGGACUACAAUAUCCGCCCGGAGGCCACGCUGUUCCUGGCUCUAAAGCUGCCGGGAGGAUAAGGAAUUGUAAAUUUACUUGUGGCGUUUCGGUUUUGUAUCCCGGGUAGGCAGGUUAUGAUGUGCAUCUUUGGUUUUUCUUUUGUUCUUGCAGUUAUGCUUCGUAUCUUUAUAACGGUAUUGUAGCUGUUUUUAAGUUUUAUGGUUAGCAUUAUGUUGAAUACAUUUAGGAUUUGCUCCGGCUUUGGGCACAGUAGAUGUGCCGCGUGCGAUGAUUGUUGCAGUUUUAUGUAGCUUCGAUUCUUUGCAGAUUUUACAGUUACUGUACUUUCUUUUAUGCUGAUAUUGCAAUAUUGUGCCUAAUGAUUUGUACAGUGUUCGAAGUUCCAUCUUCUGUUAAUAGAGUUUAGCUAUCGAUUGGUUUUAGCAAGGUACUAGUAUUAGUACUUCAUUUCAUGCUGAACAAUA